GGGCUCGGCCAUCGAUUAGCCGGGCUCGGGGGAGGCCCGCCGGUGAGCGUGCCCCUUGCCGGGGUGGGGCCUGUCGGUGCGGGCUGAGCGGGCCCCGUUCUCCCCCCCCCCCCCUACCCCCCGUCCCCCGGGGCCGCUGUGCCCGCCCGGUGUCCCUCGGGGUUGGGACCGUCGCCCUCCACCCCCCACAGCCCCCGGUUGUGGCCCUCAGGGCGGCCUCAGGCUCCUGCUGCCCGGGGGCUCGGAGGCCGCAGGCUCCUGGCCCGGCACCGCGGCCUCCCCGGGCCGGCCCUCGGUGUCGGUACCGGUGCUGAUACCGGUGUCGGUACCGGUGCUGAUACCGGUGCCGGUGUAGUGCCCGGGGUUGUCCCCGCUACAGGCAGGCAGGCCCCGAGGCUCGGCAGACGCCCGGUUCUUCCAUCCCCUGUCAAGCAAUUGCCCAGUUGCAGGGUGCCAGAACGCCCAGAAACACAUUAAAACAUGAAAAUAAACCCAGUGCUGUGGCGGGGGCCGUGUUGGGGUGCUCUGGUUGGGCUUCGAGCUGCUUCAUUCCCGCGUUUUUAGGCACUAAACGGCACGAAGCACGGCCAGGCCAGGGCACUGCUGCAGGGAGCGCUCAUCAGCUGCUGCUGUUCCGUCGCAGGUCUCGGGAUGGACUUUCUGACACUUCUCUUGAUUUACUUGUGGUUUGUCCUCACUACUGUUGCUCUGCUCUGCAUCUGCUCAAGAAGGAAGGUGGGUUUCCUCUCAAGGAGUGUCAGCAGUGCAAGCCAGGUAUUGUCAUUUGUAAUCCCCACACAGCUCCAGAGAGUGUCACAGAGGGCGAUUCACAGGCUCUUCCACACAAGAAGCUGUUUGUUUGUUGCCCUGCACAUAGCCUUGGAAGCUGCAGUGUAUGGGGAGUACACAUGGGAAGUGUUUGUUUACUGCUGGGAGCUGCAGUUCCACCUCCUCCUCCUGCUGCUGCCCUACCUGCUGCUGGCUGGGAACGCGGGGUGCUUCAUUCUCUGCUCCCGGGCCAAUCCUGGUAUAAUAACAAAAUCAAAUCAUGCAUCACUGGUUAAGAUUUAUGCAUAUGACGGUGUAUUAUUUCAGGAGGGUAUCAUGUGUCCUACAUGCAACAUGGAGAAGCCAGCCAGAUCAAAACAUUGCAGUUUCUGCAGUGUGUGUGUGCAUCGUUUUGAUCACCACUGUGUGUGGGUCAACAGCUGCAUUGGUGCCUUCAACGCAAAGUAUUUCUUCCUUUACCUCUUCACCCUGACUGCCAUGGCUGCAACCAUUGCAAGCAUCACAGCAGCAUUUCUCAUCCAGGUGGUGCUGCUCUCAAACAUGAUGCGUGGGAGUUACAUUGAUGACCAAGGGCAGGAGCAUGCUGUUGAGAUUCUCUUCCUCAUUCAGCACCUUUUCUUGACUUUUCCUAGGAUUGUCUUCAUGCUUGGUUUUGUUGUUCUUCUCACGCUCGUACUGGGUGCAUACUGCUGUUUCAACCUGUAUUUGGCCUUAACCAACCAAACAUCCAAUGAAUGGUAUAAAUCCAGAAGAUAUGGGUGUUCCCACCAUCUAGCAUUGCAGCCUCACAACAGACGAGUUGUCUACAAAAACAUUUAUUCUAAAGGAGUCUGGAUGAAUUUAAAGGAAAUCUUUAAGCCUCUUACAGUGCUGGAAAGAAAGAAGACAACAUGAAGAUACUGUUCUUUAUAUGUGCGUUUCUAAACUUUUUGUAAGACUUUAUUUCAGCAGUGUGCUCGGAUGCCCCAAACAACUUUUGUAAAAAGAUUAUUGUAUUUCAAUUAAGUAUUUGAAAACUAAGUUUUCAUAAAGCCAACCAGUCUUCAAACAACUACAGUUCUUCCAAGUUUACCUGUAACACUACUCGUACCAGCUGUGACAGGGGCCUGUUAGUCUUCUGAGACACAAUCACAGUACAGAAGCAAGCUGGAUCCAAGGAAUACAUACACAAGGAACUUUUGGGUUUGUUUUGUUUGGGUUUUUUUUUUUUUGAUGGUUCCUGUUUUGUAUGUUGCAUAAUAUAUGCCACUAUAAUAGGCACACCGACUUCCUAAGUUACUUUGGUACAGCUUAAGUAGGCCUCCCUGUAGGUGGCAUCACAGGAAUAUAGCAGUGUCACACAUGUGGAAGAGGCACUUGGCAAUUACUCUUUUUUUUUUUUUUUUUUUUCCCUGCGGGACAAUAGUAACUCACAGCUGACUGCAGUAUUCUGAUUAACAAUGCCUCAGCAGAGCCCUAAGCCACUUCACUUGGUGAGAUCUCUGAGGUUAAGCUCAGUCCUCUUGUUUUCUUAUUAGAGGGACCAGUAGUGGAUUUGCUGGUGUGGAGAGACAAGUUUGGUCCAUCUUACUGAAGUGAAUCUUUUUCUCUGUGUGUGCACUUGCAAGGGAAUAGCUAACAGAGCUGCUUUGAGGAAGCCUCAUCGUUUUGUGAGUAUCUUGGCAAAUGAUUAACCCAUUACUGUUAACAAUAUGUAGGAGAGGUUGCAUGUAUUUAGCUGAAAAAAAACCAUGAUUACUAUCAGAAUCUCACCCUGCAGAAACCAUGUUCUACUGCAAAUUUGUACUGGUGUGGAACACCUUAAUUUCAGGAAGGAAACUGCUACAAGUGCUACUUCUCCUUACCUGCUAAAUCUCUUUCUUGAUACCUAUUUUCAGCUUGUUCAAAAUAAGAUGCCAUUUCAGCCUUAAGAGUCAUGAAAAUGACGGACUUUGGGCAGAAUUUCAGCAUCCUGAGAAGCACAUCAGGAAUUUGAUACUGAGCUCUGGCCAUACAGGUCCUGGCGGAUUAUAGGCUUAAGCCUUCUGGCAUUUCUCAUCUUUAUUCCAUUGCUGGAUAUAUGUUUACAGCAAGAGGCUCAACCUUCUCUUAGGAAUUUUGUGGUAUUUUGGGCAAUUUGCAGCAGGGGAGGUUGCAGCUGCUGAGGCUGUUUUGGGGGCUGCCCACCUGCCAUCAGUGAACAGGCCACUUCCAGAGCACAGUGGAGACAGAGUCCUCUACUGCUGUACUGGGAUUCUCUAGGGGAACGCCAGUCAUCAGUGUCUCUCAAGAAAAACCCUCUGCCUUAACAGCGGAAAACAAAAAAUAAACUUAGAGCUAUGCAAGUGGCCUUCUGAAAUCCCUCCAACUAGGGACCACAUGAAAGAUCUCCAAAGCAGACAGACUGGCUGCUUGUGGAGGCUGGUGCUUCUUUUGGGAGAAACUAUGUUUGACUCGCCCAAUAGCGAGGGUUUCUUAAGCGCAAUGUUACGUGGCCCUGUUCUCUCUCCAGAAAUUCUUCUGUUUCAGUGAUAAUAGAGCAGAAAUUGGAAAAAUAUGGUUAAGAACUUUAAAUAACUUUAUUUUUAAAAACGUAUUUAUUUACAUGCCAAAUCUGUACAAUAUGCAAUUAAAAAUCCAUAUAUGGUUUAAAAAAAAAAAAAAAGUCAUAUACAGUAUGGCUUUACACACCAACAGACUAGCUCGUAGAGUAGCCUGGCUGGCAUUGCAAGGGUACAAUGAUGCAUAAGGCUACUUGUCCAGGAUAUAAAAUAAAAUAAAAUAAGAUACUGCAGUA